ACAAAAUAUUUAAAUUUAAAGUAAUAAAAAAUACAACGAGAUUUUUAAAAUCUGUAAAUAAAUAAAAAAAAAAAUAAAUAUAUAAAAAAUAUAUAAAUUAAACAAGAAAAAUAAUAUCAGUGUUCAAGUGUUUUCUUCUUCUGAAAAUAUAUUAAAAAUAAAAAAAUAUAUAUAAAAAAAAUUAUAAAUAAAUUAUUAAUAAAUAAAAGAAGAAAUUAUUAUUAAAAAAAAAAUAAUUUGAAAAAAAUAUCAAGAAGAAAAAAAAAUAUAAAAAAAUAUUAUUAUUAUAGUGAAAGAAAGUUUUAAAGUUUCGCCUCCAUGAAGCGGCGGGAAACAAAAUGGUACGAGAGACUCGACACCUUUGGGUAGGAAAUUUGCCCGAAACAGUACGUGAGGACAGAAUAAGAGAACAUUUUAAGAGAUCCGAUGACCAUUCCUCCUCACACGGAUUCGAUCGAAAUUUUUACAGUCACACAAAGUCACGGGACGCUCGCUCCUCGCUUCUUAGUAGUAGUUGUCAGUUAGAGCCGUGCAUUGACAACGCGAAUUGCGUCCAUCACACAUCGGCGGGCAGCGGAAGUCACCCUUCUGCGCUCCAUCGACGCGCCUCCAUACACGGAAGUUAUCACGGCGCUGCAGCGUCGUCGCCCAGCAGCGCAUCGGAUGUCGUUGUGGUGCGCGGAAGGGCCCGAGACAGGCAUUACACGUCGAAUCGCAAUGGCGCGUACUCGACAUGUGUAGAUAGAUCCACGCCCAUUGGUCAUCACAGAAUAUCCUCCAAUAACUGGUAUGAAAGUUCGAGCUCGUCGUCAUCGCGCAACUUAUACGGAAGUACUAUAAAGUCAGAUCCAGCGUACGAAUCGCCGCAUCUCGAGCGCAGUAACAGCACCCGAAGCGACUUACUCGACGCCUCAAACAAUUCAAAGUCGCGUCAUCAUUCGUCGUCGUCGUCGAGCGUCGCGUCACACAAUCACGCGCGUCACGCAUCCUCGACCCUUAACAACAACGCCUCCAACGUCCCGUCAAACUCUGUGAAUUCGUCGUCGUCGUCGUCGCAUCACAACAACACGUCGUCGCGUCACGUGACGAGCGGAAGUAGCGCAAAAAAGAAGAAAUCCCGUUCGGGCAGCGGAACCCCCUGCAGCACAUCGAGUCGUUCCCGUUCGCAUAGUCGAAGCAGUUGCAGUUCGUCGAACAGCGAUUCGUCAAAUGAGUCGGGCGGAAGUCCCGUACCCGGAAGCAGAAACCUACAAUCAGCGAUUGGCGCGGCGCCCAUUUGCACGAAUUCCUCGAGCAGCAGUCUAGCAGGCAGUUCCGCCGGCAGUUCGAGCAGUCAUCAUCAUUUGGGCGACGAUACGCGAUCUUUGGCGAUCCGUGUGCGAAAUUUGCCCGUGCGUUCGAGCGACACAAGCAUCAAGGACGGCCUCUUUCACGAAUACAAGAAAAACGGCAAAGUCACGUGGGUAAAAGUUGUCGGCACAAAUAUCGAUCGAUACGCGAUUGUGUGCUUCAAGAAGGCAGAGGAUGCCGAAAAGGCCCUAGAAGACUCGAAAGACAAGUUAUUUUUUGGCUGUAGAAUUGACGUUGAAUUAUACCAAGGCUUCGAUUUGCAGGACAGCGAUUUUCGCGCAUACGAAGCCGAACUGGACGAGUACCAUCCGAAGGCAACGCGAACACUGUUUAUCGGCAACUUGGAAAAGGAUAUCAGUGCGAGUGAGUUGCGCAAAUAUUUCGACAGCUUCGGCGAAAUCAUCGACAUCGACAUCAAGAAGCAGGGACUGACGGCCUAUGCCUUUUGUCAGUACGCCAAUAUCGUGUCUGUGGUGAAAGCGAUGCGGAAAAUGGAUGGCGAGCAUCUCGGCAACAACCGCAUCAAGCUGGGGUUUGGCAAAUCCAUGCAUACGAACUGCGUGUGGAUUGACGGCGUCGCCGACACCGUUUCCGAGAACUAUCUCAUCAGUCAGUUCAGCAGAUUUGGACCUGUAGAGGGCGUCGUAAUCGAUCGCGAACGCAAAUUAGCCCUCAUUACGUUCGAACAGAACCAAAAUGCGCAAUUGGCGGUAAAAGAAAUGCGCGGCACGACGCUACGAAGUCGAAAAAUCCAAAUCGAUUUCGCGUCACGUGAAUGCCAAACCGCAUUUUACGAGAAAUUAAGCAACAACAAGAACAAGGGCGUUUCGGAGAGAGCAUGCAGCUUCGAAACAACCGUCACAGUACCUGGAUCGCGAUCAUACAACAACAGUAGUCGAUACGAAAAUGCAUCUUCGACAUCGUCAACGUCAUCUAGUCGAGGUCGGGCAGCGUCUUUUAGCCGACCCAACAACCCCUUGAGCGGCGCAGCAUCGCCGUCGAGUCAAACGAGUGUCAAACCGCGACAAAUUCGUUACACGUCAACCACAACGGACUAUUAUAGCACGACAAAUGAUGCAAAUGAUGUGUUAUCCUUGGCACACGAUCGUCGAAUCCGCAGUUAUGACGAGUUUAGUCAAGGAUCGGGCGCCUCGCACGAAGAUUUGUACGAAGCGACGUCGACAAGCGGCGGUUCGAUUCGCGGCGGCAGUUUGAGUCGCGAUCACGUCGAAUCGCCCCAAUCUAGAUUAGGUUCUGUUAUUUCUUCUGUUGGUGAUAAUAGUAGUAAUUUACAUAUAAAUAAUAGUUGUAACAGUAGAGUAGCCAAUAAUAUUGACGAAACCACCCAACAUGGCGUUACAGGAUCAACGAACGCCCCCAGCGCGACAAAUAGUGUUGUUCGGAGACGCGGCAGUGAAACGCAGGGCGAUAUCAAGCCUUUGUUACGCGAACGAUCGCACUUGUUGGAACAACUGGAAGAAUGUCCCUCGAGUGGCGAUGAACUUGUGAGUCCGAAGAAACGACGAUAUGGCAGCAAUUAUGUGAUAGAUCACUCAACGACGACGACAAAUUCGACGAACAACCAUCAUCAUCACGAGAAUAACGUCGUCGGCGGCGGCGAACACAACAACAUGCCAAAUAACCAUCAUCAUCAUCAUCAUAUGGCGCAUCCGCAUCGCAAGGGCGUCGAAAUUCGCCGAUUGUCGGAAGCGAGUUUGAAACAACACACCGCAGCGUCGCAACUGCAUUCAAGUAGUAGUACAAAUAAUUCUAACUGUAAUAAUAAUAAUAAUAAUAAUAGUAGGAGACCGUCCACAGAUAGUUUAUCACGAUCCUCUUCCAUAAUCGAUCACACAUUCAGCGGAAGUCUGACAAAAAGGCGAAAAACAUCCGCGGCGCUCCCGAACGACGAUCAUCAUUCGUCGAGUGGGCGCGGGCAUCGCCUCCAUUCAAUGCAUUCGCACGAAGCUUCGGGCGGCGAAAGUGCCGAUGGAUCACGUCCCGGCACUCCGCUCUGCGACGAACCCAGCGAACCGCGUCGCAUUCCCCGUGAACGAUCUCAUGAACCGAUGGUGUUGCCAUUGCCCAAAUUUGCCGAACAAUUUUUCAUCAAGUUACGCGCUCUGCAAAAGGAACAGCAGAAAGACACCUUUCUGCCGGCUGCACUGCAAUCACAAACCUCAUUUCCUUCGUCGUCGGGCGCGACGGGACAAGUUUCGAACCAACAAACGCCCCCUACUGUCCCGCUGGCGUUGCAAUCGAGCACGAAUAUUCCCGCAGCUGUCUCGAAUUCUAGUCUGAAUGCGACGUCAACAACUCUCACGAGUCCCACAAACACGAUUUUUUCGCCCAGUUUGAGAACUGCGACGACAAAUGUCCCAAUUACGCUUAAUUCGUCAUCAUCGACGACGACAACGUCGACUGUUGCUUCAACAACUGAAGCAAAAACGACGACAACUGAGCCAACAAGUCCCAAUAACACCGCCACGACUCGUCCUCCAUCGUUGCCAAGCUCGAAUUCGAGUGAUUCGGAGACUGAAGUACGAAAUCCAUUGUUGGAAGAAUCUUCGCUCGAGGAACGUCUUCGCGCCUUGGAUGACAAAUACGAAAAAUGGAGCGGCGGAAGUUCGCAUCGUCGAUCCCAUGGUGAAAAUAACGGAAAUUCCGCCGGUUAUCGUCACAAAUUACUCGAACUCGAUGUCAAAGAGGUUCAACCUUCGGAUAUUGCGAAGACUCUUCUCGCGAAAAAAUCCAUUUUUGAUGAUGAUUCGCGUCGUUUGGAAAAUAUCGGCGACAAAUACGAGCCCCGUGAAUUUUCGAAUUACGCGAGGACGAUUCCCGCGGUCCCGCUUGUCACAGCGACGAGUGCCAUUCCAAUUCAAACGAAGCCCGCAACGCCUCCCAUUGUGACGCCUCCUGCGGAAAAAGCGGCAAUUCCGACGCCGCCCCUGCCCGCUGUCGUUAAUUUGAGUCAAAUUCAUCAGCAGCGACUUGUGGGAAGUAAUUCGCCGAUGCGAAGUCCGCCCUAUACGAGUCCCUCGAGUGCUUCGAGUGGCAAUGGAGCCACGACGCCGGUCAUUAAGCAGCUGCAGUAUCCGUUCCCGUCGCAUCCGCCAACUGCGGGAAGCACAUCGACGACAAAUACGGCGACAACAACGACCGUUUCGAGUGCGGAUGGCACGAAAACGAGCGCGAGCACGGCGUUGCAAAAGUCAAAUUCGUUGCCGGAUGCCUCGAAUGCGAGUAAGACAACCAUGGGAAAUAGUACAAAUGCCACGAGUAAUCGGGUGUUGACAAAGUCGACAUCGUUGCCCGCUGGAACGACGCAAAAUGAGACACAGAAUGUUGAAACAACUAAAAAUGACGAAAAAUCGUACAAAGAUCGCAGAAAAACGAGUUUGCAAGAAGAGAUGCAAGUCGACACGGAAUCCGAUCAAGAGCAAAAACAACUUAAGCAACAACAGGAAGCCGAAGCACGUCGCGCCGAAGCUGCAGAGCGUGAAAAACGCGAAAACGAGCAACGUCGUCAGCAAGAAAAACGUGAAGCAGAACGUCGCGAAGAAAAACUCCGCAAGGAACGCGAAGAAGCUGAACGUCGUGCCAAAGAAGAACGCGCCCGCCAAACGGAGCAACAACAAAAACCCGAAGAAAAACCCAAAUCAGACCGAAGUCACAAUCAUAAACACAACAAUUCAGCAAGCACGUCUCCCGUUCGUGGCGGAAACAACAAACGUCGACUAAGUUCGCCGGAUGCGCCGCUAACGAAUCACGUUGAAACGACAGAAGUCACGAAAAAGAGUAAACCUGAUUCGGGCAAAAGUGUGGAAAAGACACCGUCAAAGUACCAUCACAAAAAGGAAGAUCGCGCAUCGCCUCCGGAUGAGAAAUCGCGACACGGGGAUAAGGAUUUGUUCGAUUGCUUGAGAUCCGAACACAAAUCCGAGAAGCAUCACAAGCUAAAUCGCAAACAUUCGUCAACGACAACGUCUCAUGCCGGGCACGCGGUGAAAGAAGAACAACCGAGUGUCAAACAGGAAAUGCAUCGCGACAAAGAAAAUUCCCAAACGGACAACACGAUGGACAACAAGGCAUUUUUCGAUGCCAUUGAGCUUCGUUCGAGCGAAGAAGAGCAACGUUUGCGGGCAAUUCGACGCGAAAACAAGGAACGAAAGGAUUCGCAAGACAAAUCAACGACCAGCGGCAAUUCUUGCGACGACGGAAUUUCAUCUAAACACGAAAGUCGCAAAAAUAGUCGAAGCGAUCACGUGUCGAGUGACGAUAUGAGCGGAAGUAAAAAAUCUCGUUCGAAAACUUCGCGUCGCCCAAAGAGUUCGCACUCGCAUCGACAUCAACAAUCGCAAUCCCACACCUCCGACGAGACCGAUUCCGAUGGCAGGAAGAAACAUUCGAUCUUCGACAUACCCGACGAGGGUCCCUACGUGUCGAUGUACGACAAAGUCAAGGCCCGUUCGUGCAAAAAUAUGCAAAAACAAGAGGAAAAGAAAAAGACCAAAGCGAAAUUCGGCAAAUUCAAGCGAGUUCGUGAAGCAAAACGCGAAGGAAAGAAACGUUCAACAAGCUGGGACGAAGACUCCGACUCUGACGACGAAGAAAACGUUCGUUAUCGACGCGUUAGCAAAGGUUUGGCAAGCAGUUCGGACGACGAUAUGUCGCAUCAUAACCGCAUGUCUGACUCGGAGGGUGAAAAAAUGCAUUUCAACCGACAAAAAUUACACGAAUUAUGCGAAGGAGAAAGUUCGGAUGCCCAAAUGCAGGCGAAACGAUCCCCAAGAAGGAAGAUUUCGUCGCGAAAGAACUCCCGAACGACCCGAUUGGCUCUCGAUAGUUCCGACGAGGAGGAUAUUAAGACGCCAAUCAAGACGGAACUCAAAACGGAGCUAAUUUCCGAGGAUGAGGAAUGUUUGAAAAUCAAUACGGCGACGAUAAAACAAGAAAUCAAGGAGGAAAAUUACCAAAAAGGCUUGCAAACGCCUGUUUCAGCGCCUGCAAUGAUGGAUAACAAGACAUCUGCCUUCGAUCAGUUGUUCGGACACGAAUCGAAGAAGAAACACAAGAAAAAUAAGAAGCGUCAGAAGAGUUUCCCCAUGGAUAGUACUGACGAAGAUGCAUUACCUUUGAGCGAACGACGCGAUACGGAAGGAGAAAUGCCCAAAUCGGAGCUCGAUAAGAGUUUGGAAGCAGCUCACGAUCGCCGAAGUAGCAAACAUGGCAGCAAAAAAGAGAAGAAACGUGAAAAAACUCGCGAAGAACAUGAACGAAAGAAAGCUCGAAAGGCUAAUAAGCUCAUGGGCAAGCAACAAUCCUUGGAUAUCAAGCGUGAAGAAAAAAUGGAAGACAUUUUUGGUCCCUUAUCGGACGAAGAAUCACGUCAAUCGCCCACAAACUCCGUUGUUAGUCCAAGCACGAGUGCGAAAAGUUCCGGAAAUAACGCUUUCGAUCAAAUUCGGAAGCCACAACCAUCUCAACAACCCCAAGAUGAGUCCCAUGAAAGCCGAAAACAGCGAAAAGAGAAGAAACGACGUGAAAAACACAACAAAAACACGUCGCAGCAUGGAAAGGAAGACGAAAAUAGCGUCGAUUUGGAUGAAGCAGGUCGUGCUUUGGAAGCUCAGCUCAUGAGUGACUCGGAAAAACCUGCGACAGAUGCCCAUAAAUCCAAUCACGAAGAAGCUACAGACGUUUUCCGCUUCUCUGACGGCGAAGAUAGCUUGGAUAGCAGCAAAAAAGACACUUCUGAGCAUCGACGCGAGAAGAAAAAGAAGAAGAAAAAGUCAAAAGAGGAAAAACACAAACAUCAUCAUCACAAAAAUCACAACGACGAGAAACUUUUGUCGCCGGAACCGAUGAGUUUGCCUUCCUUGGUUGACGAUCACGUCGAAUCACACUCCCAGGCGUCGUCAAAACCAAAAACAAAUACAAUUCGCGGUAAUGGCAUGACUUCACCGCCUCCCAAAUCGAUGGUUACAAGCAGUCCUGUCAAAGGCGAAGACCACAAACCGCGAAAAGAAGUCUUGAUUCCCGGAUUUGGCGGCAUAAUUGACGAAAAAAUACACGAAUCUGCUGUUUUGUCGAUUGUAGAGACGCCUGCUGUGACAAAUGAACCUCCGAAAGUCGUAAAAACCGAAGCAGAACGAGCUGAAAGCCCGUCGAAAGCGAUGGGAGAGGCGAAAAAUCAAGCAGAAGAGAAAUCGCGCGUCAUUAUUUCGCAGGAAGAGACAGAAGAUGCCGUUGCAGCGUUAUUGGGCGAGAGUUUCGGUACGAGUAACGUUACGGAUUACAAUGAAAUCUUCGAGGAACCUGUCGAAGAAGCGCCCGUUGCUCCCGAGGAGCCUGUCAUUCCCGCCGAAGAUGAUGAGGAAAUGAAAAAGGCGAUUCAGAGCUUGAAUACUGACGAAAUGGAUAUCAAAGCAGAUACGCCACAGUCGGAAAAUGACUUGCAAAUCGAUACAGACACCGAGGAAACGGAAGAACCUGAGAAAACGUCACAAUUUGACAAUCCUCCAAAGACUCCGGAUGUUGAUUUCGCGCAAAUUCGCAAAAAUGCUGAAAAGGAACAAGAAAAUAAGAAGAUUGUCAGUCCCUUGGUUGCGAAACCUGAAGUUGCGAAAAUGGAAGAAGCCCCGAAGAAGAUUCCAGUGUCGAUUCCUCAAGUGAAAUUCACGGCAGCGACUUCGAUUACGACAAAUGCCAACAAAUCGUUCUCCGUUUUGCAGCCGCCGACGAUCAAGAUUCCUGCGGAAGUGCAAGAAACGCCGAAAGCGCCGCAACUUUUGUCUCCGCGAUCGAUUUCCAUUCCAACGACGUCAGCGUCGAAACAGGCAAGUCCUCGACGUGUGCAGCAAGAUCAAAAGGCGCGUCAAAUGAUGUCGCCUACGAAGGAAACGCAACAACAGCAAAUUAUUUUCCAUGCGGGAACACAAGCGGGACAACAGUUAAAUGCUCCCGGAAAUGCAAUUGGGCAAGUGCCGUUGAAUCGAUUCCCGAUAAUUACGCAGAGUGGAUCGAAACCGAUUCAACCGACGAAUGUCUUGUUGUCGCAACCGAGUCAAGCGACGUUGUCUGCUGUGCCAAACAAACAACAAGUACAUUUGCCUGCAGGACAACAACAGCCCCCGCAACAAAAGGAAAACCAAACAAUUUUCAUUCAUCAACAACAAACACCUCGAGGCUCGAUUCAAGUUGUUCAUCAUCAAGUCAAUAUUCCUCCAUUCUUCGCUCCAAAUCAACCAAAUGCAAUCCCCAUUCAACGCGGAGCUCAUCCAUCGAAUAUUCCGCCAAAACCCGAGAUUUUCGUGCAACAAGCUCCUUCAACGAGUGUCGGCGAGAAAAAUCUCGAACGCCCUGCGUCUUCCGUAGCUGCUUCGACGUUGUUCGAUAAGCUCAAAGCAACAACUGACGUCAAUCCUCAACGAUUAUCGCCGCACAAAGACGACAAACGACCCGAAGAUGCUCAAGAGACGAAAGAAGAUACGGAAUAUUGGUCUGCACGUGACGUAAAUAUCGAUUCUGUGAUCCAAAAAUUGUGCUCGGAAGAAGAAACGGGCUCUGAUUCGAGCAAAACUGACGAAAAUUCGAAGAAAUCUGAGUCAAAUGUGGAAAAAGUUGUCCAACCAAAACCUGAAGAAGUCGAAAGCAAACCCGAAGAUGUCAAAGUCAAAGGGAAAGGAGGACGAAAACGGAAGAAUACCGAAAAUAACGAAGCUCCAAAGACAACAAUUGAGAAAAUUCCCGAAGCACCAAUGCAAGUUCCUGUCAUUCCGCCAGUUUCUGUGGCAAAUGCUGAUGAAAUUGGAGUUCAAACACGCAACACGAGAACGACAAAUGCGAAACCAACACAAGCCAAGCGUGGAAACGGCAGAGGAGGUCGCGGCGGAAAACAAGGAGUUCAAGGAAACAAGCCACGGAAUCAAAAUUCCGAAUCGGAUGUUUAUGAAUUCCACGACGAUUCGAGCGAUAAUGACAAUCACGCAAAGGCAAUUGAUGCGGCAGCGGGAAAUGUUGCUGUUCCAUCGGUUACUGUGACACCAAUUACCGUUCCGCAAACAUCUGCGCCCAUUUUGCCGCCUCAAAUUGCGCCGUCAACGCAAACCGUGAUUACCCAACCGAUGCCCUUGAACCUGGAAACGACGGAAAAAUCGCCGCAGCAACAACCAACGAGCCCCAAUACGGAUGGCAAAGAAGAUUUCUUGUCGCCGGGACAAGCAGCAGCAAAUACACGCAAAUCGCGACGCUUGCUUGAACGCGACGGCAGUCGAAGUACCGUCGAUGACAUCAUCGAAGACGUUGUUCGUAACUCGACGACGCAAUCUCCGAAGAAUUCGCCGUUGAGACAACCCUCAUCGCCAGCAGGAUCUGGCACGACGCUCGUUUCGACGCCUGUUUCCAUCCCAAAUGUCGUCGUAACGCAAGCUUCUGUCGCCCAAACGCCAGCAGGACGAAGAAACACGCGUCAAAACAACUUGCCGGAGAAACAGAACCUCGCUGAUGUGCGAAAAUCUCCUCGCGCGGGUCAACCAGGCGGCAAAAAAGCGAACAAAGAUCGCAAAUUGUCCGAAAAUUCGGUUGAUAGUAGCAGCGAUGAGGCAAAAGUCAAGUUAGAAGGCAUCAAAGUUGAAAUUAAAACCGAAACGCCUCCCAUGACAUUCACGGAAAUGACGCACGAGAUAAAAGUUGAAGAGAAAUUGGUGAUUCCGAAACAGGAGGAUGUCGUAAAAACACAAAAUCCGGUCGUUGAAGCUCCCGUAAGGAUGCAAUAUAAGCCAAUUCCGAUCGAGAAGCCUCCAACGUCGAAUGCUUCGCCAAAACCUCUCACAAUUACGUCUCAACCUGUCAUUGUGAAUCUUCCUCCGGGCUCAAAUCCCCCGAAUUCGGUCCAAAACAAGCCUCCGAACACGACAAUUCACUUGCCAUUGCCUCAGCAUUCGCAAGCCGAGAUCAAAGUUGUCCCCUUGCCGAAUCCCCCGACGUCGCAAGCAACAGCUGUUAUCCAACACACACCGAUUUCGAUUCAACAACCUCCGAAUAUGACCCAAAAAUUGCCUGUUACUGUCUCGCAAACGACUUUUACGGCAGGACAAAAGCCUUCGACGCAUCCCAUGCCUUUGCAAAUGCAACAACAGCCCAUUAAGCAUGUCAUUGAUGCGAAACAAGCGCCUUCCCAAACAGUCGUUAAGAUUUGUGGACCUCCCAAUGUUCCGCAUUCGCAGCAACAGAGUCAAUCUCAGGCACAGCAAUUACCUCCGGGAGCAAUUAUGACGAAACAUGGUCCGAUUCAGCCUCAAAUUCACGGUCCAACGGGUAAUUUAGUGAUAAAUAUCCCGCCGGGAAGUGUUUCUGUGACGCAACAGCAAUCGCCACGCAUGCAAACGUCGCAUAUGAUCGCGAAACAACAACAACAAGGCAUGCCGCCGCAUCCGCAAGGCGUUCAAAUAUUACAACAAACGAAACAACCGUCGCAAAGCCCUGGCCCGCAAAUGAUUCAAGUCAAUUCGCAGCAGCAGCAAGCACAAAAUCAACAACAAUUGCAACCGCAAUUGAUGAUUCACGGCAAACCCGUGCAAAUUCAGGGUCCCGGCGGAUACACAACUGUCUUCCAAGGCACGAAAAUCAUCCAUCAAGGUCCCCAAAAUGCUCCGUCGCCAUCGCAACAAGGUCCCGCGCCCGGCAAACAAUAUCAAGUGCAGCAAAUUCAACUGACGCCGGGACAACCGUUACCUCAAGGCACCAUCGUCACGCAACAAUCCAUCAAAAUGAGCAAAUCUGGCGAGCUGCAGCUGCCUCAAACGCAGCAAAUUCACAUUCCGGGCAAAGCUGCGCAUCAAAAACCGUCGCAAGUGCAGCAACAACAAGUUCAGCAAGCGCCUUCGUUGUCGCAUCAUUUGGUCAAACAAGGCUCAAUUACGAUCCAGCAAGCGCAAACGCCGCCCAUGCAUCCGAAUGCCAAGCAACAAAUGGCAGCUCCGCAAAUUCAGCCUCCGCAGCAACAACAAAAUGCGCCGCAAAUGAAAGGCAACAUGAUUGGAUUGCAUCAGGCGCCGCAAAUUCUCACGGGAGCCGUUGCCAGUCCGCCGUUGAAGCAUUCGCAUGUGCAGAGUCAACAACCAAUUGUAGCAGGAGCAAGCAGUUCACGAGUACCUCCGCCAACGAUGAGUCCCCAAGGCAGAGCACAUGCAUUGCAAGCCGGAUUGCCCGUUUCUGCAUUCGAACACGCAAGCUUGCAUCGGGAAAAGGGUGUUUAUAGUAGUGUGUCAGCGCACAGUCCUCCGCCGGCACAUCAGCAGGCAACGCCAAUCACUCCGGGCGAUGGAAAUUUCCCUCCAGGACAGAUCAGAGCAAUACCUCGAGAGUAUUACCAUCCGAAUUACAUGUAUCAGCAACAUGUUCAACGACAACAAGAAGCGUUGGCUGUUCGACUUCCGCCGCAUUUGCCAAGAUCGCCAAUGUUGCCGGGAACAGCAGAACCUGUGAUGUCAGAAGUUGACGAAUCGAUGGUAGCAAGUCCUCCAUUGGAGUUGCGUCGUCCUGCGAGUGGCCCGAGAAUCACUUCCGUACCUUUGAGUCUUCAGAGUCCCGGAGAUAGGGCAACAGACUCGCCUUACAUUCACGGCGCUCGUGUCCCGCACUAUCCUCACGAUCCGAAUCACGCGCGUUUCUACGAAGGGCGUCUCGAACCGCCGCCAGCCCAUCGCGCAAAUGCUCCCGGCUCGAGUCAAUAUGUCGGAAGUACGCCGCCUCCGACGCCCGCUUCGUUGCUUCACAUUCAACGGGAACGCGAAGAACGUGAACAACGAGAACGUGCCGCAGCUGUCGCAGCCGCCGCCGCAGGUAAUAAUGCCGCAAAUUCGCGCGGAGUCGUUGUUCGUGCCGCGCCUCAGCAUCAGCAAGACUCACAAAUUCUUGUUGUAGGUCAUCCAAAUAUGCCGCCGCAUGCGGGUCUCGUACCGGCAAUGCCCGAAAUAUCGACGCGUGGCAUGCAAAUCGCGACGCCGCCGCACGGAAGUCAAGUUCCGCAUUCUGCCGAGUCGCUGGAUUCGCUGCUGAAACAGUAUCCCGUCAUGUGGCAAGGAUUGUUGGCACUCAAAAACGAUCAGGCUGCCGUGCAAAUGCACUUUGUCUACGGAAGUCGAGAUGUUGCCGCGAAAUCCCUUCCACGAAAUAUCGAUGGAUCGAAUCCGCCGCUGAGAAUCGCGCAACGUAUGCGACUGGAACCCGUUCAAAUCGACGGUGUAGCAAGAAAGAUGCAGGUCGAAAACGAACAUUGCAUGUUACUCGCCUUACCAUGCGGACGAGAUCAAUUUGACGUACUGACGCAAUUGACAAACCUCCAAUCAGGUUUCAUCACGUAUCUACAGCAGAAACAAGCCGCUGGCAUUGUCAACAUCGCCGAACCGGGCAGCCAACAAGCAUCUUACGUCGUUCACAUCUUCCCGUCGUGCGAAUUUGCGAACGAAAGUUUGACGAGAAUCGCUCCCGACUUAUUGCAUCGUGUGCAAAACAUCGCUCAUUUGCUGAUUGUGAUCGCUACGGUGUAAAAAAAUCCCGAAAUUGACAAAAAAAAACCAACAAUGACAAGAAAUCAAUGAUUUUGAGAAGAAAAAAAAAAUAAAAAUCGACGACACACAAAAUCGGAUUUGGAAAAAGUAUAAAAAAAAUUUACAAAUUUCCUAAUUUUCAAAUUUUUCCAGAUCCGAAAUGAUCUGAUCUCAAUAUUAAGUAAAAAAAUAAAUAAUUUUGUUUUCUGUUUAAUUUUAUAUUAAAA